AUGGCACGUACCAAGCAGACCGCCCGUAAAUCGACCGGAGGUAAGGCCCCGAGGAAACAACUGGCCACCAAAGCCGCCCGAAAGAGCGCUCCCGCAACCGGCGGAGUGAAGAAACCCCAUCGUUAUCGUCCAGGAACGGUCGCUCUUCGUGAAAUUCGUCGGUACCAGAAGAGCACAGAGUUAUUGAUCCGUAAACUGCCUUUCCAACGGUUGGUACGUGAAAUUGCCCAGGACUUUAAGACCGACUUGCGUUUCCAGAGUUCCGCCGUAAUGGCGUUGCAAGAAGCCAGUGAGGCUUACUUGGUUGGUCUGUUCGAGGAUACCAACUUGUGCGCGAUCCACGCCAAGCGAGUCACCAUUAUGCCUAAAGAUAUCCAAUUGGCCCGUCGCAUCCGCGGAGAACGUGCUUAA